AUGGACAUGCUCAAGCUCUAUCACACGCAGGGGUUUCUCCACUCACAGGCUGCAGGCCAUCCCGAAAUUGAGUUCGAGGGUAUCGAGGUGACCACGGGAUCACUAGGCCAGGGAUUUGCCAGCGCAGCCAGUUUAGCCAUGGCCAGCAAGCAUCUCGGGGACAAAGUCAACGUCGAAGGAUUCGAGAUUGUUAACAACAAAGUGUGGUGCAUGACCGGAGACGGAUACCUGCGGGAGGGCCGCGCAACUCUUUCCCUGGCGGGCCAUCUGCGACUCAAUAGACUCAGUAUUUCGUACGACAAUAAUGGCGUGUCCAUCGACAGCAAGAUCGACACAUGUUUCACCGAGGACACCUCCGCGAAGCUCCUUGCACUGGAGUGGCACGUGAUUGAUGUUGGGCACGACGCUACCGACGACCCUAUUGCUAUACAAAAGGCAAUGCAAGAGGGCAAAGCAAGCGUGGCAGACAAGCUAAUCUUUAUCAACACCAGCACCACUAACGGAAUCAUGUCGGAGAGUGCAGGUCUUCCAGCAGCGCACGGAUCUGCGCUGGGAGACGCUGAGGUGGAGCGGGUCAAAAAGGCACACAAGCAGGACCCCUCGCAAAAGUACGUAUUGGAUGAGCGAGUCUAUGACUCCUUCAAGCCCAUCAGCGCUUCAAUGGCCGUCGCGAUGUCAACUGCACUGCUCUCCUCCCUACCGAGCAAGUCCUUCCGCAGGAGUGAAUUUGCAACGCGCAAGGCGUCUGGUAUUGUCAUUGCCAAGCAGGGACUGAUGCUGCCCCAAUUUAUGGCCGAGUCCGCCGAUCUGAUGGACUCGACGUUUGUGGCCUGGUCCAAGGUUCUCUCCAUGACAUUUCGGUCUCCUGACCUCUCCAAAUCCGGGGAGGACGGCAGCUUCGCUGGCCGACAGAUCAAUUACGGGAUUCGCGAGCUCGCCAUGGUUGUCGUCGCCAACGGAUUGACCACCUAUCAUACCAACGCGAUCCUCCCCGUGGUGUCAACCUUCUUCAUGUUCCUUCUUUACGCGGCGCCUGCCGUCCGAAUGGCUGCUCUCCAGCGCCUCCGAGUCCUUCUAUUGCCACCCAACAGAAUUGGCAUAAAUGAAGACGCACCGAAUUACCGCCCGAUUGCGCUCGCAAGCUUCUUCUGUGCUAUGUCCGGCAUCAACUACCUGAGGCCUGCCGAUGCCGAGGAAGUCAUGGGCGCUUGGACGACGGCGGUACAGGCCAACGUGCCAUCACUGCUCUCGCUCAGCAGGCAGGCGAUGCUCCUCCUUGAGCAGACGUCUCGAGAGGGGGGCAUGCCGAACCUCAUUUUAAUCUCUACGGGCUCUGAAGUGCAUCUCGCAAUCGAGGUGGCCUCGGUGCUGACCUCCGACGCGUGCGUAACGAGGGUAAUUUCCACGCCCUGUCAGGCUCUCUUCUUUGAUCAGCAAUCAGCCGAGUACAAGUUGGAAGUGCUGCCGAUGACCGCUGGCGCGCUCGUCGUGGCCACCGAAGCUUGGUCUUCCUUUGGCUGGGCCAAAUACGCCCACGCGUCAGUCGGCAUGCACUCAUAUGGCACUUCCGCGUCCGCCGACCUUCUCUACGAGCACUUUGGUUGUGAGCUAGAGAGUAUUGCCAUUCGCGUCCGAAAGUCUCGCCAAAGACACACGAAGAAUGGCUCCGUCAUGGUGCCGGCUGUCGACAAGUUCAAGGAACUUUUGUUGUAGAUGUGCGGCUCUCCAGCUUUUCGCCGAGCAGAGCGCGAGCGAGAUCAUCCAACGAGCCCUCUAGGCUCUUUGACUUGAGCUCGUACUUUCACUGUGCAAGGCACUACGGCAAAGGAGUAUCUUGCUGCUGUGGUGGCUCUCGCCACUUUGAUUUCACUAACUUUCCUAUUUUCAAGCAUCUUCAAUCACGCUCC